AGACUCUCAGACACUCAAAGGAGACGCGUCCUCCGAUCCACAUCGAUAAUAAGAUCUUGUUUGCAGUCUCUGAUGAAUGCCAUCCAACACACAGAAUCUACUGAUUUGUCAAAAAAUUCUAGUAUUAGAACGAAAUCUUCCAACAACUUUUUCUUUUUUUCUUUCUUUUUCUUUUUCUUUUUUUCUUUUUUGUUUUUUAGUUCAACACCCCAACACACUUCUUUAUCAGUGAAAUCUCUCGCUGUCCUGUGUUCUCAGUGCACCCACUACACGUUUCUGUUGCCUCUCUGCCGGGCCUCAGACCAAGACUUCUUCAAAAGCUUGAAGAGUCUCUCUCUCAGAGACAAACCAUUCUUUACCUCCGUAUAACUGUCUAAUCCUCCUCUGUUCUUUCGCUUCCUCUCUCUGCAUUUUUCAGUCGUAGCCUGAAAUUAUGUCUCAUAUCAAAAUUUUCAAUUGGGUGCACUGUAAUUUUUUUGGUGACAAACGUUAAUGGAGUUGAAGAUGGGUCACCUAAUCCUAUACCCACUUCUUUAAAUUUCUCAGAUUUUUCUCUCAUAAACAGAUAAACUCAAACAAACAGUUGCAGUCCUCAAGCUGCAAACUUUUUGAGGCAUUGGACGCUCUGUUUGUGUUUUUCCCUCUUCGCUUCUGGGUCUUCGAAAUGUCAACCGUUGAAAUGUCUCACCACGCCGAUUUGGAGCAAGGGGGUCACCGCCGCUCCGUCACUGGAAGUGACGUCAGCGAAGAUGGUAGUGUGUUCUUCUCAGACGCCGACGAGGGCUCGUGCUAUUCCCAGUUCUAUUCCACGACCGGUGGGUCCUACGACGAGUACAGCUUCGCUUGUGUGUACGAUCCUGAGAUUGGGAACGGCUCGGAUUCUCGGAGAGCGUCUUUGUCUUCGGCCUCGGAUUGCUCGGUCGUGGUGGUGGAGAUUGAGAGUGGGGUCCCCGAAGUCAAGGUGCAGUUGGCGAAAACGGAGAGGGAUUGUAGGAUUUGUCAUCUGGGUUUGGAAAGUAAUAGCCAUGAAUCAGGGGUUCCUAUUGAGUUGGGUUGUUCUUGUAAGGAUGAUCUGGGUGCAGCCCACAAGAACUGUGCGGAGGCCUGGUUCAAGAUUAAGGGAAAUAAGACCUGUGAGAUAUGUCAUUCUGUUGCACAUAAUGUCUUUGCAUCAAAUGAGAUCGAGUCCACGGAGCAUUCAAAUGAGACAAACAAUGCCACAGCUGCAACUACAGUCUUGGCACAAGUGCCCGUAUCGGAGUCACGAAGCUUCUGGCAUGGCCACCGGUUCCUGAAUUUCCUGCUUGCUUGCAUGGUCUUUGCAUUUGUCUUGUCGUGGCUCUUUCACUUUAAUGUGCCAUCAUCGUAAAAUUCUGUAAAAGAGCUGUUGAGUGAAGGGUUUAGAAAAGUUAAAAAAAAAAACAAAAAAGUCUUACAAAAUUGUUGCUGUGAAAGGAGAGUUUCAACAUUCAAGCCUUGGUAGGUUUAUAUAGAUAAAAAUACAACUUAAUCUGCUCCUCCAUACUUGUAGAGUUUGGUUUUUACCAAUGUUUGAAUAUUCCUCAUAUAUUACAACAACUUCUAU